AUGACCACCUUGGACAGACAUUUCACCUUUGAAGUCGGCAUUCUGAAGGGCCACAAGCUUGUGCAGAGCGGUCCUUAUGCCGUAAUUAGGCAUCCUGGGUACACAGGGGGCAUUGUGGCUUUCUUUGGGACCUUCUCCUUCUUGGGAUUGCAGCCCUUCUCCCUGUGGUGGUGGCUGGUGCUGGCGCUCCCCUCCACCAUCUUCAUGGUGCUGCGUAUCAGCAAUGAGGAAGAGACUCUGCAUCAGCACUUUGGCAAGGAGUGGGAGCAGCAUUGCAAGCGCACUUGGCGCCUCUUCCCUCCCUUCUUCUAA